AUGGGUAAUGAGACACGCGUAGGCAAAUGGCGGAGGCGGGAACAGACUGGCCGCGAGAAGGGUGCUCUAGGAGGCUUUCAAAUGGGACCGGUUCUAAAACUAGGCUUGCUAGCUGUCGGAUGCUUCCUAGCUGUCGGAUGCGUCGGAUUCAACGGGCAUGCAUCGCCUGGGAGCACGGAGGCGCUCGCGGCUGCUCAAAUCGCUGGAAUAUUUUUGGAACGGGUACUGAAUGCAUUCCCAUUUGGGCCCCAUCGCCUUCUCCGCAGGAAGAAUAUUGAAUUUGACUACGGUGUUGUGUAUGCAGCAAUUGGACCUAGCGCUCUUCAAAAGGCAUCCGUUUCAGUUGCAAGUGUGCGAAGCACUCUAGGCUUGAGCAUUGGCACGUUCCUGGUGACCUCCGGGAGUGGACUGGCGUCUUUGGCACCACAUGCGGAGUCAUUUGGCAGGGCGUUCUGGUGGGACUACGUAGCGUCUUUAGAUGGUUUCGGUAUCAAUUUCACGGCUUUGCCAGAGUUUGAGGCAUUCACAAUUGCUAAGAAGACAUCGCCCUCAGGCUCUGGCAUUGCUUCAACAACUGCGUCCAAUCGCAAGACUGAGAAAGAACGCAAAGUUACGAAGCCUCUUGCAUGGGCAGCAGUACGUCAGCUCCGGAGCGCGAAAAUGGCGGCUUUACUGCUUGCUCUCGAAGUCUUCAAAGUUGCCACGAUUUUCUUGGAUGCCGAUACACUCGUUUGUGACUCACUGCGUUCUGUAUUCGAGGUAGUCGUGCCAUCAGGACCGUGGUUUGCAUUCGCCCCAGCACCUUCAGAGCAUCAUGGUAUGAUACUCCAGCGUAUGUAUGGAAUCAGGAAGGGUGAUGCGCCACCCGAGCCCAACACUGGUGUGGUGGCUAUUUCAACCUGCGAUGGCGCGAGACGCGUGUUGAAGCGGUGGAACGAGAUCUACUGGCACGAGUCUCUUGCUCUCGGAUCUAUUCAAAAUCCGAUGGACCAACCGCCACUCCGAGCUGCGAUCCACCUCGAGAAUGCGUCAUGGACUCCACUCAGCCAAGAUAUCAACUGCCGAGGCCACGUCAAGAACGUAAAUGCGGCAUUGCCUAUGCGGUGCGGUGGUUUCGACGCUGCCCAUUGGGAAGCGCUCGCAAGAGCUUCGAUCCUGGAUGCCGUUGGAACGAUCCAAUUAAGAGGUGCAUCAUUGAGUUCUGCAAAGGACAUCAAGGGUGGAGUCGGAUGUGCCGUUCUUCAUUCCCACGCAGUACCGAGGCACGUGCGGUCGCCUAGCAGCUUCCAACAUAAUGCUCUGGUACUGCUCGAUGACGAUUCAAAACGACACAAAAUAUUUGGCUUUGGUCUUGAGAAAGUAUCAACCGCGCCAACACGGGGGUCUAGAGCCACGAUAAGAUCAAAGAUUGAUGAUGCCGAUGAUACUGCGAAAAUUUCACUCCCGCAACCAAGCGCCGUUGUUGCUAUAUUUCACCUUGAUGUUUCUCCAAGACUCCCCCGAUCGCCUCGCUCCGUGCAGGAUGCGGUGGACUGGCGAGGAGGCAACUGGAGGAACCAGACCGAGCUUGUGGGUUCCAUGGCCAAAGACGCAUGCGCCACGGCGCUGAUGCCCUGCGCUAUCGUGCUCGUGCUCGUGGACCCCCUCGUCCAAGUUGCUGCUGACAAAAGUAUUAUCGAAUCAAAGGACUUCUUCCAGAGAUUUGACACUGGUUGUGACCAAAAUACAAGGUCGCUACAUCACCACACGAACGAAGUCAUGCGCGAAGGUACCACUCUCCUUGAUGGCCUUUUGCCCCUGGCUGCUCGUGAUCUGGCUUUUCUCAACAACCCCAGAGGCGCGCGUGUUGAUCGAUAUGGUCCAGGCAAUGUUGCAGAAAUUGCAGAUGCGAUCUCCAGAUUGGAAACAGAAGCUUUUCUGACACCUCCCAAAAGCUCCUAA